AUGGGGGCCGAGGCCUCGGAGGGCCGGCCGGCGCUGCGGGAGCUGCUGCGCGAGGCCGAGAUCAGCCUGCUCGAAUGCAAGGUGUGCUUUGAGAGGUUCGGCCACCGGCAGCAGCGGCGGCCGCGCAACCUGCCCUGCGGCCACGUGGUCUGCCUGGCCUGCGUGGCCGCCCUGGCGCACCCGAGGACGCUGGCCCUCGAGUGUCCCUUCUGCCGGCGAGCCUGCCGCGGCUGCGACACCAGCGACUGCCUGCCGGUGCUGCACCUGCUGGAGCUGCUGGGCUCCGCACUGCGCCCGUCGCCCGCCGUCCCCCGCGCCGCCGCCGCCGCAGCCUGCGCGCCCGGGGCCCUCACCUGCCAGCACUCCUUCGGCGGCUGGGGCACGCUGGUCAACCCCACGGGGCUGGCGCUGUGCCCCAAGACGGGGCGGGUGGUGGUGGUGCAUGACGGCAAGAGGCGAGUCAAGGUCUUUGACAGCGGGGGAGGGUGCGCCCACCAAUUUGGGGAGAAGGGCGACGCUGCGCAAGACGUCAGGUACCCCCUGGAUGUCACCGUCACCAACGACUGCCACGUGGUGAUCACCGACGCCGGCGACCGCUCCGUCAAGGUGUUCGAUUUUUUCGGCCAGGUCAAGCUCGUGGUCGGAGGUGGCCGCUUCUCGUUGCCCUGGGGGGUGGAGAUCACCCCUCAGAACGGGGUGGUUGUGACCGACGCCGAGGCAGGGGCGCUGCACCUCCUGAAGGUGGACUUUGCGGAAGGCGUCCUCCGUGGCACGCAGAGGCUGCAGGCGGCUCUCUGCAGCCCCCGCGGGGUGGCCGUGUCCUGGCUCACCGGGGCCAUCGCGGUGCUGGAGCAUCCUGCUGGCGGCAGCACCAGGGUCAAAGUGUUCGGCUCCAGGAUGCAGCUCCUCGGACAGGUGGACACCUUCGGGCUGAGCCUCUUCUUCCCCUCCCAAGUAACGGCUUCGGCGGUCACCUUCGAUCACCAGGGGAAUGUGGUCGUGGCUGAGACCUCUGGGGCCGCCAUCCUAUGCCUGGGAAAACCUGAGGAGUUCCCGGUGGUGAAGCCCAUGGUCACUCAGGGGCUUUGCCGUCCUGUGGCCCUGGCCUUCACCAAAGAGAAUUCUCUCCUGGUGCUGGACGCAGCAUCCCAUUCUGUGAAGGUCUACAAGGUUGACUGGGGGUGACAGGGCUUGGGUCCUGGAGCUGACGCUAGGGAUUGCGGGAACCCUGGAGCAGUCACCUCAUCCUCAUCGGUGCAGGCGAGGGAGAUCGCACCUGCUCUGCAGGCUUAGA